AUGGCUGGUACUGAGAGUUCAGAGAAACAAAUUUUCAAGCUGAAACUUCUUGUGGACAAGGAGAAGAAGAAGGUUGUCUUGGCCAAGGCUGGUAAGGAUUUUGUCGAUGUACUCUUUAGUUUUCUGUUGAUGCCAAUGGAGACCAUUGUGAGAUUGCUUGAGAAUCAAAAGUCUCAAACUCGUACUACAAUAGGUUGUUUCAACAAUCUCUACAAAGGUGUUGUUGAUGUGGGAAAAGAUUAUUUCUUGACUGAGGCUUGUAAGCAGAUACUUUUGUAUCCAAGGUAUGCGAAAAAGAGGCAAUGCAGACGGCUUAAGCUUAACAUAGAUGAUACCGAGGGCCUCAAGUACUAUAGGUGCCCAAAUUUGGGAAUAUCUCAGUCAUGCUCCGAGGCUUAUAGUAACUUUUGCUCCUUGAGAUGUUCUUGUGGCGAGAUGAUGGCGGAAGAGAUUAAAGUAGUUGCGGGUGGUUCUGAUGAAAUAUUUGUUAGCCAGAAGACCUCAUUCAUGGUUACUGGAAAUAUGGAAGUGGAAUUUGCUUCCAUUGUUUUCACUAUGAAGACACUUAGAGGACUUGGUUACAAAAAUCUUGACAAUAUAGAGGAGAUGUUUGUAGAUGGCCGCAAAGAGUUAUUGUGGAUAAGAUCUGGGAGUAAUAUUGAACUUGGACGCAUUGACGACUUUUGUAAAAGCAUGAAAAGCUUGCGCUCUAGUGGAGGAACAAAUGCAUUGACUUGCACACAUAUCCUUCCUUGGAAAUAUAGGCUCCGGGCACCACUUCUUGAUGUAUGUUGCACGAGUGAUUUCAAUGCAUGGUUAGUGACAAUAAACUCUCGUCCCUAUGAUUUGAAACUGAUGUAUCCAAACUAUGAUGGAAGUUCCAAAUCAACAACUCAUUGUAGCAAUGGGCUUGUAAGGAGAGAUACAACAUACAUAAUUUCAGAUGAUCUUACUAUCACAUCUACGAAAUUAUCUUCAACGUUUUGCAUAAUGAAGAAGUGGGGCGUAGACUUGGAUGAUAUUGAGGUGCAAGUAAUCAAUAUUAGCAAAGCAGAGCUUACUGCUUCCUUAAUGACAUCCACCGCCUUGACCACGGCUUUAGGGAGCUUACUCCCAAAGAAGCCGAAAGAAGAGAAACUAUGA